AUGGCAAAAAAGGCAAAAAGGGCAAACCCAAUGUCAGAACUUACAGAAUUUUAUAGUAAAGUGUGUGUUGCUAGAAGCAUAAAAUUUGUCACCAAUGAAGCAAGUAAAGAAGAAAUUAACUUGUCAGAGAGUGACCAAUUUUCCCAUAACUUAGCAACGAUAUUAGCAAGAAACAAUGAAGUGGUAGCGGUUAACUUGAAAAUUUUACCCAACAAGUGUAGAAUUUACAUUUCAAAGAAUAAUAAAUGGCUUAAUAAAGAUACUAAAUAUAUCGAAGAAAUUCAAGUACUCAUGAAAAAUUUAUCUAAAGAUGAUCCCAUAACUUUCGAACAAGCAGCUGAAAGAAAGGAUGUGUUUGCUUUAUUUUAUAAUGUAUUGGAGUACUGUUCUGUUAAGUUAGGACGUAGAUUGAACAAACUUAAGAAAGAUAUAAAGAAUAAUAAACACCAACCACAUAUUAAAUCUUUUCUAGAAUUCCUAGAAUCUUCUGAGAUUAACGUUAAUAAUCUAGAUGAGAUUAACGAAUCAUCUGGUAAAGAAAUAUCGAAAUUCGAAUAUUUAAUGACCACAGCUUGUUGCGAGUAUUAUAAAUACAAUAAAAAAAACAAAAAUUAUCCGCAAAGAUUCCUAGGACACAUCAAAAAAGUGGGAUCCUAUGCUGCAUCUGUGAUGGAUAUUGUUAAUUGUGCAUGUAAAGAUAAGUAUAAAAUACCAUUUUCUUGUAUAGACUUGCGUUUAUUGGAUCCUGUUCCUAAAAUAAGAGAUAGACUAAACGAGAUAUAUGGUGGCACAGGUGGACAAUUAGAUCGUGGAAGAAUUAAUCACAUAUAUUUACAUGUAGAGUUGAACAUAUUGACUAAUACUGACAUAUUAAGCAAGGAACAUAAUGAAUUUAUAGCAGUAUCCAAGAAAUGUUGUUACUUAUGUGAAUCAUACAUCAAAUUUUUACGAUCUAAAGGAUAUAAAAUUACAGUUUCUGGAGGACAUAAGAAGUUGUAUCACAAAUGGAAACUUCCAGAUACUUACAGUAGUGAAUUUGCGAAAUGUGCUCUAUGUGACCUUGAUCAGAUCAUAGAGAGUGAAAUAGAACAACAUACUAAAAUAAUUGCUAAAUCUGAUAGUAAUGGAGAAAAUGCUGAUUCUGAUAAUCCAAUACGAAAUCAUGUUGCUAUGAAGAAGGUAACUGAAGGUGCAUUUCAGAUUAAGACUAAUUCUAAUCUAUGA